CUGAUAUUAUAUCAACAUCGACCUGGCUUUGCUUUUUAAUUGAUUGAUAAUGGCAUAAACAUACAUUUAAUACAUGAACCGGAACCUGCGGAGGUGGUUGGAGAUCUGCAAUAGAUGACGUCGGUCCGUAAUCCGCAGUCGCAUUGAUUGUACCUUAACCAUAUCGCCUUACAGCGUGGACCAACCCAGCGACAACAACGCGGCGCCGCCGCCAUUGAAAGAAAAAGCGUGUGUGUUCUAAACAAAAACGUUUCGAGGCCACCGACAAAUUGGUUGCAAGUAUGUCACUAACGACGGCAACUGCAGCAGCAGCAGUGGCAAGAGGUGACUCAGGAGCAGCAGCAGCAGCACAUGGAUGUCUUCUUAGCAGGGAGCUGCAGCCGCCGUCGCAGCAGCAUCACAUAAGGGCAAUCGAUGAAUUGCAAGAUGGUGACACCAGCAGCCUGGAGCCGGGCGAGGUGGUAACCCCACCCCACCUCAACCACGACGACGCUGCUGUGAGUCCCGCGCCGAAGAAAGUGCCGACCAAGGACGCGAAGAGCAAAACAUUGCGCAAGCUGGCACAAAUCGAUACGGACGGUGGCAAGGUGCGUGCUCUACUGGAGCAGCGGGAUGCUGGCAGCCGGCGCAAGGAGGGGAAGAGCAGCACGCCGCGGGCACUGGAAAAUGGAACGGCUCGUGCGCCCUCCGAAGACCCAGAUGACAGCGAAGGUUUGUACUCGGACACGGACUCCUCGGGCGAGGAGCAGCGCAAUGUGGAGGAUGUGCAGCAGGCCAGGAAGGAGAAGCAGGCCGAGGCAGCGGCCGCAGCCAUGCCCCAGGCUGCCCCGCCUGUCGGCCCACCCUUUCUCGGCCACAAUCCGUUGCGGUUUCACAUGCGACCGCCGUUCUGUGAGUUUCCACGCAUGGGAUUCCUGCCGCGUAUGCCGCGAGGCGGACUACGCAUGCGUCCUCCCUUCUUCAAUCGGCCACCCAGCCGCAUGGGAGCGCCCAAUAUGAGUGGCGCACCGCCGUCAGGUUCCUACGGCCCGGCAUUGCCGCCCUCUGCGCAAGGAGCCUCCGGGAGCAGCACGGGACCCGACAAGCAACUGAAGUCCGACUUGGACUGGACGACAACGGAGCCGCCCAUUCAGUUCAACUUUAAUCUGGUGCCCGAUUGCUCCAUUGCCCAGCACAAGGCCUGCCAGGAGAAGGCUGAAUCCACUGCCAAGAAGCCACAGCACACACUCAAGUCCAAAGAACCUGCCAGCGAUGCGCUGAGGAAUCAAUCGAAGGGCAAGCACAAGGAAAAGUCAGCCAAUGAGAAGGAUGGGGAACGAGCCAAGGAGAAGAAUGGGGAAGCGACCAAGGAGCGGAAUAGGAAAAGUUCAAAGGAUAAGCAAAGGGAAAGGUCCAAGGAGAAGCAUGGGGAUAGAUCCAAGGAAAAGUCGAGAGAUAAAUCGAAGGAGAAGUCGAGAGAUAAAUCCAAGGAGAAGUUGAGAGAUAAAUCCAAGGAGAAGUCGAGAGAUAAUGUUAAGGAAAAGUCUAGAGAAGUGUCCAAGGAGGGGCGCAGAGAACGAUCCAAGGAAAGGCACAAAGAGAAAACCAAGGAAAGGACCAGAGAAAGAUCCAAGGAUAAGGUCAGAGAAAGAUCCAAGGAUAAGCUCAGAGAAAGAUCGAAGGAAAAGCCCAGAGAUAUGCCCAAGGAGCUGCCCAGAGAAUUGUCCAAGGACAGGCAUCGAGAAAUAUCCAACGACAGGCAUCGAGAGAUGUCCAAGGACAGGCAUCGAGAGAUGUCCAAGGACAGGCAUCGAGCAAAAUCGAAGGAGACAAAACCGAGCGAAAUGCCACGGGCAAGAUCAAAAGAUGACAAGAAUGAUGUGAGGCGACCGAAAGAGAGCUCCAGAGAUGAGCACACAAGUCAUGCAGAGAGAGCGAGAGAUAUCUCGAAGGACAAUCAUAGAGAAAGAGAAUCCAAAGAGCAACGCUCAAGGGAUGGCAUGCGCGAACAAUCAGCUGAAAGGCAACGAGAAGCAUUCAAGGACAACAGGCCAAGGCCACGUUCAAGGGAAAAAUCCACUGCAAAGUGUUCCAAAGAGAGCUCAAAGGAUGACAAGUCCAGGGAGCGUGCGGGGGAGGAGCCAAGCGGAUCCGAAAAGGAGAAGCCAGGCGGUUGCUCAAAGGAGAAGGAGAAGCCAAGUGGAUCCUCAAAGGAGAAGGAGAAGCCUCCCAGGGACAAGAAGCAUGAACGCACGAAAACGCGCAGCCGCAGCAGAAAUCAUUCGCCUGAGAGUGAGGAUAGGACGCCACCGUUGACGCCGCCACGAGAUUUCCUGCUGCCUCCAGCUGCUGCUGCCAGUGACGUGGAUGCCAGUGACAUGGAUGAGAAGCCAAGAGGCUUGGAUAUAUUCGCUGAAUCCCCGCCAAGACUGCACACUGCCACACAGCUUGCAACCGUUCCACAGCGAAGCACGACCCCGCCUUUGAUUGUAGCGCCAGUGGCAGCCAGCAACAAGGCAGCUCCGCUGCUGAAGGCCAGCGAGAUACACAGUCGCAUUGGGGCGCUGCUCGAGGAUAAUGAUCUGCACUUGGAGGCGCUGCUGGCCACCAAGGAGCAGCUGCUGCGCCGCACCAACGAGCACAAGGAGCGGAAAGAGGCGCCCAAAAUGGAGAUUAAAGCAGAGAUGCAGCAGCAGCAGCAGGCGGCUGCGAUCAACAGCGACUGGGAGUCCGCAGAUCUUAAUCAGGUGGUGCCGCGUCGCAUGAAUCCCUUCCGGAAGCAGGAAUCAGUAUUAAAUGAGCGAAGAUCAACGUCUCGAGCGGCCAGUUCUCUCGGGAAUGGAGGCAACGCCUGGCCGUACCGCAGUCAGUCGCGGGAAAGGCAGCGCAGCGACGAGUACAAAGAAGUGAGCAUAAAGAUUGAGAGAAACAUCUCCCCCACACCGCUGCCAAUGCCCAUGAUUGAUGUGAGUCGCAUCAAGCUGGAGCGUAAUGUGACGCCGCCUCUGGACACGGAGCGGGAGGUGCUGGUGCGUAAUGGUGCUGUAGCAGCCAAUGCACCGCCACCGACGGCAGCAGUCGCAGGGGAGCAGCAGGAGAGUCCCGACACGGACGAUUACAUCGACAACUGGGAGAACGAUGACUCCUUGAGCAGCAUGCCCAAAACGGCAGCAGCUGCCAAUGCGCCGCCAUCGGCUGCUGUGCGCCCGCUGUCCUCCUCCAUCGAUGAGGCAACAGCCAGCGGCGAUUCGAAUGAGGAUGACACGAAUGAUCUGUGGAAUGCCAAGAGCACGCCGCCGCCAAAGGCCAAGCAGAGGCAGCCAGCCAUUCCAUUGGACGGUGGCGCCAGUCAGGAGCAUCUGGUUAACAUUUAUGACAAGUUUAUGAAUAGUAUUAAUAUGUCCAGCGAGGAGGGGCAGACGGCAGCCUCCAAAAACAGUUCCUUAAGCAAUUCCACUGCCGAGACUGAGACAUCCUCUGGGUCCGAAUCCGAGUCGACCAGCAGCAGCAGCUCCGACGACGACGAAGAAGAGUCGAGUACAGCGGAUGACGAUGAAGGAGAAGGGGAGGAGGAAGAAGAUGAUGCUGUGCAGCAGGAGGCGGAGGAAGCACAACUUGCCGCAGAGGCAGCGCUUCUCGAGGAGGAGCCACCCGAAAAGGAGCAGCAGCAGCAGACACAACUGCAGCAAAAGAAGAACAACGUCAGCAAAGAUCUGCGCAAACUCAAGAGCCUCGAGGACAAUCUGGCGCGGAUCCAAAUGAUGCGCGAGAACUACGAUUCGGGUGAUGAGAUCUCCGAGGAGCUGCUCAAGAUGGAGUCGCUGUUCCUCAUGCAGCGGAAUGCCAUCAUGGACAAGUAUCGCAAGCAGGAACUGAAAUCCCAGCAGGAGGUGCAGCAGAAGCAGGAGCCGCGUUCACCCACGCCCGUGAACAGCAUCUUCGAUGACAAUCGGGAGGCCAUCAAGCUGACACUCUCGCCCCUGAAGCUCACCCGCAAGCCGGCAAUCUUUGACAACGAUGAGACGGAGCAUCCGCAGCAGCAGCAGCAGGCAGUCAAAGUGAAACUGGAGGAGGGACUGCGCCCACCAAUCGGCACAAGUGUGCGGCGACCCAAGGAGAUUGCCAUUGUCAAGCCCACCAUUGUGGAGACGCGCAACAGGCUGAGGAUUCCACGCAGCGCGACGGGCAGAGAGCGAACUCGCUCGAGAUCGCCGUCCAGAAACCGAGAGCGUUCCUUUCGGCGCGGCAGUGUGCGACCCAACAGAGUGAAGGACUCCUCCCGUUCGCCCAGUCCACGUCCACGCUGGCGUCCCCCAUCGCCACGACGCGGCAUUCGCUUGGCGAAAAAGCCGACCAUCAAACGGAGUCACAGCAAGAGCGUGAGUCGCAGUCGAACGCGCAGCAGGAGCCCGAAGCGCAGCAGAAAGCGCUUCCAGAAGGUGGGUGCCAGCCGACGACGUGUCUCCGUGUCGCCGGGUCCCGUGAAGCCGCUCAGACCCCGCUCACCGAAAGUGCAUCGGCGGCGCUCGUACAGCCGCGAGCGGGAGCGUUCGCCGCUGCCGUUUAGGCCACCAUCGCCGCCCAUGCGACGCAGUUGGUCCUCCUCCCAUUCGCAUUCCCGCUCACCCACCAGGCGAAGAUCGCAGUCCAGGACGCGUUCCAACAGCAGAUCACGCUCCCGCUCGCCCUUCGACGGACGGCGGGAGGAGCGCGAGUUUGCGGACUACUUUGGGGAGGAUCAGAGCCUGGAGGCGGCCACGUACUACUACAACAUGUCGCUGCUGCAUGGCGAGGCAACGGGCGAGGACUAUGAGACGUAUGCGGCCUACAUAGACUCCGCGUAUCACAUGGAGCAGGCGUACGCGCAGCUCAGCGAAGCCAUGGACAUGCCCGCAGCUGUCUAUGGGGAAUAUGGUGCUCUCAUGGAGACAUCGCCGGUGCUGCGUGAACUGCCCAAAGCGCAUACACCGGCUCCUGAGCUGCUGGACACGAAGCCGAUCAAGCUGGAGCCUGAGGAAAUCAAAGAUGCAGCUGCUGUUGUGCCUGCGGCGAUGUCUGUGGCUGUGCGUAAGGGAAACGUGCUGGAAAUUGUGCCCACAAGCAACGAAAGCGAGGCAGAGGACAGGAAACCCAGGAAGCGCGUCAGCUUUGUGGACAGCGUCAAGCCGAAUUAUGAGAGCGAUGGCGAGGAUCGUGUGAUUGUCAGCCGCGUCGUGGAGCGUGCCAUGCAGCAGUAUCAGCAGCGACGCGCUGAGGCAGCCGCCAGGCUGCAGCGUCUGCGGGAUGAGCUGCUCGCCGCACCACCGCCACCGCCGCCCGUGACGCCAAAGCCGCCGGACCAGGAGAAGGCGGUGCUCGUGCAAAAGAAGUCCAAGAUGCGCUACUUCCACCUGGAUCCGCUCAAGCGUGAGAUUGUGAUGUCCCGCUCACGCGUGAUGCGUGCGCCCGUGCCGCGCUUCGAUCGCAAGCACUUUGAGAUGCUCGUGAAGACGGGCCGCCUGCCGCCACUGCCGCAUGGAUUCCUGCGCCAUCGCCCUCCGCUGCUGCCACCGAAUGCAGAUGCUGCCACCAAGGCGGCCAUGCUUAAGGAGUACUUCAGCAAACACCCGCCGCCAACACCACGAAUGCAGCUGCGUAUGCCCAUGCGUCUGCCCAUGGGCAUGCCCCUGCCUGUGCCCAUGCGAAUGCCCAUGGGAAUGCCGAUGCGCAUGCCGCUGAUCAUGCACGAGGGCGGCAUGCCCAUGCCCAUGCACGAGGGCGCCAUGCCCAUGCCCAUGCACAAUGGAGUGCCCUACUUCCUGAGUGGACCGCCGCCAUCCUCCCCGCCCGUGUCCAUGCCCAUACCCGUGCUGGGUGCGCAUCUCUACCACACUUACCCACAGCCUGCGCCGAUGAUGCCAGCGCCAAGUCCCGGCCUGCUGCCCAUUCCUGUGCUGUCAGUGCCUGAUGUCAUUGCCUCUGCCACACCGUCGCCUGUGCCGUUCUUUACGCCACCGCCACUGCCCACGUUUACGGUGCAGCCGGUGCCCACCAUACGGGAGAUUAUGCCAGUGGACAUACUGCAAAAGAUAGGACCGCUGCCCAAGACACUCGAUCUGGAUGGUGGCUCCACGCCGCGAGCGGACGAGGUGAAGCUCGAGAUCAAGGAGGAGCCACUGGGGGAGGAGCAGCUGCUGGUGGAGAGUCAAUAGCUGACAGUCCAAGCUCCCUGAUCGAUCUUCAGUCUUCAUUUAAUUAGCAAAUAAUUUUAGUUAAUUUUUCACGCCCCAAACCCAAAACCUGCUGCAGGUUUUCUUUUUCUCUCUUUUUUUUUCGCCCCCUUUAUCGUGAUUUGUUUUAUCAAAUUCUUUUUUUACGGACUAAUCAUGUGAACAAAACGCAUUUAUACAUAGGAAUUCUUAACAGAUUUAUUAUUAGCGGCUAGGAUUUAAGCGCCUGAUUCGACAUUUGACAUUUGUCCAAGGAUUUCUAAAAGAAAACACAAACAACAAAUUGUAAAUACAUACACAUAAAUGGCAUAAAACAUUUAAUUGAUGGCAGGACAUUGAGAAUGAAUGUGUGAGUGCCACAGUGCCAGAAGGCAGUUUCCAAGUGGGAAUCUCUCUCGCAUUCAAUCCAAGAAAUUUGUGGCAAUAUUUAAUACUAUUUUGAUACAACAUAAAAUGUAUCUCAACUGCA